CAUUUCCAAUAAUCCAAAUGACUGGUUAGGAGGAUAGGACUCUCAAAAAUUAAGAGUGGGGACUGGUAUAUGGCAUAUGAAUACUCUGCUAAUUAGCAAGAAUAUUUAAAUACGAUAAUUAGUAAGGAUCUGUACAGCCUACCAAACCAGACCUACUUUACACCAUUUCCUCGGUAUCCAAAAGAGAAUAACCAAAUUUUCUAUGGAUGAUCUUUUCAUGUCUACAAUACCUGCUCUAUGCAAAUACAUGAGACGAUUUUCGGGAAUUUAACAGCCAUUUAAAUUCUGAGGAUAUCUGUAUGAAACCUGUAAUUUCAUUUUUCCUCGUCCCCCAGCUAAAUUGUUCCUUGCUGAUAAGCAACUUCAGUAACAAGCCAGAAAAGCGCAAAAUCCUUUUACCACUCCACAGAAUUCACCCUUUUAAGAGCACGAGGUAUUCUUGGCUUCUCCUCGACCGGUAUGAGGUUCUUCAUUAGCUGCAUUGCAAUCAACCAUGAAAGGCAGUCAGAUUUGCAACAGAUACAUUAUACAAGGAUCGAUAAUGCCUUAAUGGAAAACAAAAUUGUGAUUUCUGAAGAUUGUAUGUCUUUUGAACUUUGCUUAUUGUUGCAAUGUGUUCUGUCAUGGUAGUACAUUAGCAACCAGUGGCAGUAAAGAACAAUAAACCUAAAAUAUAAUG